AAUACUGAGGAGAAGGACAAUGAGAAUACAGUAGAGCAGGACAAUGAAGAUACAGAGGAGCAAGAUAAUGAGAAUACAGAGGAGCAGGAGAAUGAUAAUACAGAGGAACAGGACAACCAGGAUACAGAGGAGUGAGCAGGACAAUGAGAAUACAGAGGAGCAGGACAAUGAGAAUACAGAGGAGCAGGACAAUGAGGAUACAGAGGAGCAGGACAAUGAGAAUACAGAGGAGCAGGACAACGAGGAUACAGAGGAGCAGGACAAUGAGGAUACAGAGGAACAGGACAAUGAGAAUACAGAGGAGCAGGAGAAUGAAAAUACAGAGGAGCAGGAGAAUGAUAACACAGAGGAACAGGACAAUGAUAAUACAGAGGAGCAAGACAAUAAGGAUACAGAGGAGCAGGACAACGAGGAUACAGAGGAGCGAGCAGGACAAUGAGAAUACAGAGGAGUAGGACAAUGAGGAUACAGAGGAGCAGG